AUGGAAAAAGAUAGUGGAAAAUAUCGUUACAAACCGUAUGCAGAAUUCACAAAGAAGGGCAAUAUGGGUGGCAUCAAACAAAAUCCAAGCUGCGGCCUGGACAGCGCCGACAGCCGAGGAGACCAGAGCUCCUGCACCAAGUGUUUGGGUCGCGUGAAGAACAGCGCCCUUUGGGGAGGAUUGCUGACUAAUUUUGGCAUUUGUGCUUUAUUGCUGGCCUACACGUUACUAGGAUCCUUCAUAUUCUUGGCCAUAGAAGGAGAUGCUGCAAUUGCUCCUCAGAGAUCACUUGCAUCUGCGGCUGUCACGAGACCGAAUACUGGUAAAAGCUUGAAAUCGUCGUUGGCACUAAACCAAACAAUUGCACAAUGGAGCCGAAGCAACGCGGAAGCUCGAGCCAGGACAGUAGAAAAUAUUUGGGAUAUAACAGUCUCAUUAAAUAUUCUUUACAGAGAAAACUGGACAAGGUUGGCAGCUCUUGAAAUAGCCAGAUUCCAAGAAGAGCUUGUAAAGAAGUUAUCGGAGGAUUUAGAUCCAUCCAAUUCGCAAUCUCACUCGCAAGUUGUAUCAGUUUCAACUCAUGUGCAAAGUGAUUAUGAAUGGACUUUUGCAAGAGCUUUUCUGUAUUCUUUGACAGUUUUGACAACUAUCGGCUACGGUAACGUAGCACCGCGGACGUCAUUGGGCCGUGCGGUGACUUUGGCCUACGCGAGCGUCGGCAUUCCCUUAACCUUACUCUACUUGUCAAGUGCCGGCGGUCUGUUGUCGAGGGUCGCUCGUGGUGUGUUCUCCCGAGCCCUGUGCUGUUGUCUUUGUUCCAAUUGUGGAUAUUGCUGUUACGAUGAGCGCCAAAUGGCCGACAAGGAGCGCAGAAUGCGUAAAGAGCGUUUAGGAUUACAAGAACCAUUCUAUUUGCAAGACCACAGCGUCACCUCGCCGCCCGAGCUGAGCGGCCUGAGCCUGCUCGCACCAGUAUUGCUCUGCCUGGGCGCCAUGAGUGGCUACAUAUGCCUAGGCGCUCUCUCGCUCCUCAAACUCGAAGGCUGGUCAUUCAUAGACGGAUUAUAUUUUUGCUUCAUGUCAUUGAGCACCGUUGGUUUUGGCGAUAUGAUUCAAGAUGAAUCAACGUUCACCACGUGGUUUUGUUCCGGCUAUAUUUUAGCCGGAAUGGCUCUGACUGCUAUGUGCUUCAAUGUUAUGCAUGAAGAAAUUAUUCACAGAUUGAAACAAUUUGCAUUGCGAGGGCAUGUAGCUGUUUCAAGAAGUAGGAGGGCAAAUGCACUUCCAUUAAUAGCUUGUGCUCCUUUGCAAUUACAUGAUACUGCAAUGGGACAGAGGACUGAUAAUGAACUAAAGGCAAUGUCUUCUCAAGAAAUGGAACUUUACGGAAUGUGUUUAAUGGUGGGAUUGCCACCUGUAUGUGAAGAUUCCCCUAAAAAUUUCUUUGGAAAGGCAUUUGAACAAGCAGCUCACAAAUCACAAAUAUUAGCAUUCUCAGACUUUUUUGAUACUUCAAUAGUUAAAAUUAAAUACUCUGACCGAACUAAAUUUCUAGAUGCUUUAACAGCUCUUCUCAGUUAAUAUUAAUAGUUUAAAUAUUACUAAUAAAAUUGUACAUUGUUUUAUCAAUUAUGUAAGUUAUGGACAUUUUAUUAUUGCAGUGCAA